UCUCUCUCUCUCUCUCUCUCUCUGCACGAACGAAAUGGCUCCCUUGUUCUCUCUCUCUCUCUCUUUCUCUGCCUCUCUUCGUGGGAUUUUGUUCCAGUUACGGGGUCGUUGCGUAUGUGUUUGCCACCUCUUUGCAACCCCCCCUGGUGGUGCCAAAUCGCCGGGAUCCGCUCGGGACGUAGCGCGCUCAAGCGAUCGUGCGCCCGCUUGCACAUGGCAGCUUGUGGCGACGGGUGUGGCGCUCGUUCGAGGGGAAGGGGAGAAGGGGGGGGGCGCGCACACGCGCUUUUGCCGGCAAAGUCCCUGCGACUCAUGUCUUUUUGUGCUAUUUUUCGAACCUCACGAUGUCGAGUUUUCGAUUAUUAUUAUUUUUUAUAUUUUCUUUUUGGUGUCUGCAUUUUGCUAUGGAUAAAAAUGUGUGUGUGGAGAUGGGGAGGGGGGGGGUUAGAGGGG